AUGGAACGAUCCCCAGCAUUACAUUAUCUUCGGGUAUGGGUUUGUCGAACAAUACUUCGACAUCGUGAAUCUAAGAAAAGGAAACUAGGCGACAAAGGAGUUGUGGAAAGCUUCAAUUACCAUGAGCAAGAACUCGAAUCGGAGGAGGGAUUCCAAGGGUUGUACGACAGGUGGCGAGAACACCACAAAGUGACCGAUAGAAGCCCCCAACGGUUCAAUGUAUUCAAGCACAAUGUACGAAAUAUUCACAAGAAAAACAAGAUGAACCUGGGAUACAAGUUGCAAAUAAACGAGUUUGCUACCAUGACUCACCAUGAGUUUAGGAAAACCCAUGCCGACUCGAAGGGUGGCCACUUCAUUGCUCUUCACGGGAUUCGUAAGACCAACUUGAGUUCCAGUUAUAAUGAUAUCGAUAUAAACGCUAUUCCACCGAGGAUGGAUUGGAGGGAACAUAACGCUGUCACCCCUAUGAAAAAUCAAGGACAGUGCGGUAACAUGUUUUGUCUCAUUUACAAACAAGUUAGUCUUUUGGGGUGGGCCCUCUCCCAAGUUUGUGAGCGAAGAGGGAAUAAACGCCAUCAGAACAGGUCAACUCUUAUCUUAUCAGAACAACAACUUCUUGAUUGUGAUUCGAGCGACAGAACCUUCCAUUGCGACGGAGGGCAGGUCUGUGGCGUAUUUACUUUCGUCAAAGAGCAUGGAGGUAUAGCUACAGAUGAGUUCUACCCUUAUGUAGGUAAAAGGGAAACAUGCGAUACAUCUAAGUAUGGUCAUCACUCGGUAACUGUUGAUGGAACCGAGUAUUUGCCAGAACACGAUGAAGAAGCGCUAUUGAAAGCAGUGGCACAUCAGCCUGUAACUUUUCAAAUGGAUCCUGGCGGUGACGGUUUCAUGUUCUACAAAGAGGGAAUUUAUAGUGGACCAUGUGGAAUGGAGCUGAUGCACGCGAUGUUGAUAGUUGGAUACGAUCAGGAUCCUGACCGAACCAAGUACUGGAUUGUUAAGAACUCGUGGGGUGAAGGAUGGGGAGAGAAGGGAUACAUUCGUAUGCUACGUGGUACGGAGAUCCAAGGGGUUUGCAACAUGUAUGGGCAUUGUAAUUUCCCUCUUAAAUCUCCCGAAACUAAAAAUGUUGAACUCUAG